AAGCUUCGUUUACCUGAAGUUGUGCCGAAAAUCAUGAAAAACGUGUUCCGACAUCUUGUUUUGAUUCAUGAAAACAAGUUUGAAUAUUAAAAUCAAGAAAUUACUUCACUGUAAUCACAAGAAAACAUUAAUAAUAAUAAUAAUAAUAAUAAUAAUAAUAAUGCAGUGGAGAGAGAAUUACAUUUGACUUUCACUACGAGUCAUUAACUGAAUCAUAACCUCUGAGGUAAAGUGUUCGUACACUAACAUCUCUUCAUUUUCAUAACAAGUAAACAGAUAAUUAACUGUAAAUGACAAAGUUAUUUACUGUGAAACAUUUCAGGCUAAUGAGAGUAAAUUAAUUAUCUGUUUGGAUCUUUCCACCAAACCUCCUUGAGGGGGAUCAGUGAACACAGACAUCAUUGUUAUUGUUUAAUUGUGUUACAUUCACACCACGCUGGUUGUCAUACGGACGCCCGUCAUAACUGCUGUUCCACCAACAGUUCCUGUGCAUCAUAGCAGAGGCGUCAUAUUUAUUGUUUAUGAAUCUCGUCUUCAGUCCUUCUGGACACUUGGACACACGGUCAGCGCGUGUUUGGCCUCUCAGUAAAGAAAAGAAACGGUAACGAGACGUAUUUACGGCCGGAGCUGACAGCGAGAUCAGUCCGUCUAUUGUUGACGUGACGACGUGGGACGAGGAUAGACACGAGGGUCAGAGGUCACCACCUGUUGCUGCUCCGUAGUCUUCGACAGAUAACGAGAAGAAUAGACGGAAACAAGGCGGAGGUUCAUGAAUCCUUCAUUCAGUCGUUCACAGGAGCUUCAUGCAUCCAUGAACACACACAUUUACAUUUCAACGUCUAUAUGGUGGGAAGUAGAAACACAAAUAAAUUGUUGACAAAACUUACAAAGUCAAAUCAAUUUUGUUUAAAAUCAGAAGAAUAUUAUAAAAUACUCUUCUGUGAGUAUUGUAAGUCCAGGGCUUUUAUUUUGAAAGAUAAGAGAAGAAGGAGGUGGAGAUAUCAUCUCUGCAGAACUCUCUCGUCAUUAUUUGACUCAUUCGAACACUACAUUUGGGGAACCUGCUUCUAUUAUUUUGUGCAACACACAUUAACACUUUUGUGCCCAAAGGUCAAUUUAAAAUGGAUGUAAUUGUUUUUAACUUUGUUCUGUUGUUUCUCAAACCUUGAGGGUCACAUUUGUGUGUUUUUUUAGUUAAACGUCUCAACAGCUAUUGGACUGAUUGUGAUGACGUGAGGCUCAGGAUGCAUUGAAAUAACUUAAGUCAUGCUCUCACUUUUCAUAUAAAAUGUUAAUUUCUCCAACAUUUUGGUUCAUGCACAAAAAUGAGCAACGAACAAAAGACAUCUGGAGAAGUACGGACAGAAGGACCAACACUGUCAAAGCUAGAACGUUUAUUUCUAUCUAUGUAUUCUAUUUAUCUAUCAUCUCCGCCUCUCUCCCCCCCCCCGCAGCUGAUUGGCUCAAUCAUCGGUCGCCAGGGCACCAAGAUAAACGAGAUCCGGCAGGUGUCGGGGGCUCAGAUCAAGAUCGGCAGUCAGAUCGACAGCACCAGCGACCGGCACGUCACCAUCACCGGCACGCCGAUCGCCAUCAACCUGGCUCAGUACCUGAUCACCUCGUGUUUAGAGACCGCCAAAUCCACCGCCCAGUCCUCCUCCAUGCCGUCUCCCGUUGACCUGACCAUGAGCUUCACCCAGCCUGCCCCCCCCGCCUCCUCGUCCUCCUCCUCCCCCCUGGCAGCGAUGGGCGCCGCCAUGCCCCACGCUCAAAUGCUGGGCGGCCCCUACGCCCUCCCCCUCUCCAGCCUCCUGGGAAUGAAAUCAUUUCCUUACCUGGCACUCUCCACCCCUCCCACCUCAGCAGCAGCGGCGGCUGCCAUGUUGCCGGGCUCCAUGCAGACGGUGGCGGGCGUCCCGGUUCAGGCUCACGCGGCGGCAGCGGCCCUGGCGUCCUACACGGCCAAGAUCUCAUCCUCAGCCAACGGGAUGAAGAAGCCGGAGAGACAGAAGUUUGCGCCGUACUAAUGAAGGAGGAGUUUGCAUCACUGAGGUAGCUUCUGGGAACGAGGCUGGUUCUUUUAGAUGGAAGGGCACUUUUAUUUUCCUUCUUCUACACUCUUUACUUCUUACUCUCUCACUUCUCUUUCUCCCUCUGCCUCUUCGUCUCUUAUUUAUUCUUGACCGCGCAACAAUGUCAAAGUGGGAUGAUUGGAACGUGUGUGACUUUAUGACAUGUGCAGCAACCAACGAGGUUUUUCCGUUGGUUGGAGUCGUGACCGUCACGGGUUGGUCGUGGUCAGCCCGGCUUGGCUCGGCCCAGAGCCCACAAAGAGAAACCUUAAGAAAGAGCGACUAAAAUGCUGGUUGUAAUUUCAUAGUGCUGCUCAGUCACAAACUGCAGAAAGAAGUUGUCACUUCCUCUGCAAAACUCAUACAAACUGACAUAUUUAACUCCAAACCUGCUGCCACACUUUGUUAACCGAUUAAGAGCAGCCAGACACCCGGUUGCAGAGGCUCAUGGGUAAUCAGAAAUGCAA